AUGGCAGGGCUUGUGGAAAAGCUUGUAAACCUCGUAGGACGUGCCUUCUACUCUGAUGAACAUGUUGUAGUACUUGGCGCUUUAAUCCGUGAAAAGUUUAUGAAAGACGACGAUAUGGGGAAUGCUGUAAACCUUCAGACGCGUCAAGUGCGCAAAAUAAUGAACGAACUGCAUCAGGAUAAUCUCGUCUGCGAAGAGGUGCUAAAUGAUAAAAGGUUGGGUGGAAGCUCUUCGACAUCGUACUGGUACAUUGACUACAAAUACUUUGUUGAUGUGGUGCAAUAUCGACUUUAUUUGAUGCACGAGCAUCUCAAAGACAUAGAGCAAUUGGAAAUUGAAAGGCAGACUUUUCAGUGCAGUGAUCCAGAAUGUGGACGAGAGUACACUGCAUUAGAAGCACAGCUGUUGCUGAUGCCAGGACAAUUUCAGUUUCGUUGCGGACACUGUAACGAGCUUCUGCUUGAAUGUGACAACAAUGACCGAUUGCAGCGGAUUCAAAACUUGCAGCGCAAGUUUAAAGACCAGAUGAACAAGCAGAACGGCAUGCACGAAGGAAUCUACGAAGUGCUUCGUCGAAUUGGUGGCUUUGUAAAGGAAGGCCACGUAUUGCCAACUAACUUGCCGAGCGAUAAUAGGGCCGCUGGAAUAGGAGGCAAUAGUGCUCGUGUUACCAAUGGAACUGGAAGAGGUGGUGGUCGUGGUGGCGGAGGCAGCAAUAAUGGUACCGAUGAGCAGAACAGCCAGUCAUAUUUGUAUCCAUAUCAUGCACAGGACAAGGAAAUCGUUGUGGAUAUUUCUGGCAGCAACCAGGCAGACGACGAGUAUUUAACAAGUAGAGAUCGGAAUGAUGACAAAGAGGCAGCAAAUCAGCAGGUUGCAGUCCCCCGUGCACUGCCAGAGUUCCUGCUCGGUAGUUCUAUUAGUGGUCAUAUGGCAGCUAAACACUUGCAGCCCGCUGUUGCAGAAGAAAAGAUAGUUGCUGUAGAAAGUAUUCAUCGCAUUGUGGACCCUCUUACAGAAAGUGAAAUGACGGAGGAACGACGGCAGGAGGAGUUCAAGCGUGCGUAUAUGGCAGAGCUUGAGCGCUACAACGAAGAGAACCGCGAAGGGGAGGUGCAGGUACAGGUAGACAAGCAGGGUUGGGAUGCCGAAAUGAAUGAAGAUGCUAUGGACGAGGAAGAGUUGGAAGACGUUGAGUGGGAGUGGUGCUCCGAUGAUGAAAGCGUCAUCACCAACGUUGAGGUCACGAUCAAUGGCCAGCCCAAGCGAUUGGAUAGUGUGGAUGACAACGAUCUGCUAAGCAUGACAGAAGAAGAGUUUUUGAGCUGCUACCAGAUGUGCCUAGCUGAGAACGGUGAGUCUCGUAAAUUGUGA